AUGCCAACUGGAUCUUGCAUUGGUCAGAUGUGCAAAAUUAAGCUCAAUAGUAUGGGUACCUAUCUUUAUAAAAAUGGAUACUACAAGUAUGAAGGUGAAUGGAUUAAUGGUAAAAAGUGUGGGACUGGAAGAUUCUCUAUGAAAGAUGGAAGUAUUUAUGAAGGCAGCUUUAUUGAUGGGGAGAUAUGUGGAAGUGGACGAAGAUUUUAUGCAAUAUCAAAAAACGAAUACAUCGGUCACUUUAUGUUCGGGGAACGUCAUGGGUAUGGUCUAAUGAAGUAUGGAAAUGGAUCCACGUACGAAGGUGAUUGGUAUCACAAUUUACAACAGGGUCAUGGAAAGUAUGUCGAUGUGGACAAGAAUAAAUAUGUGGGUGAGUUUUUUCGAAAUAAAAAAAAUGGGCCAGGAUGCUUAUAUUCGCACAAGUUUUCUUACAUAGGAUAUUGGAAAAAUAAUAUUUAUGAUGGUUAUGGUAUCAUGAAGAUGAUAAAUGGAAUGAUAUAUGAAGGGGAAUUCAAAAAUGGCAAACCAAAUGGACAGGGUAAACUAACCUGCAAAGCGAAUCUGUUACCUAGUUAUGAAGGGUUAUGGAAAGAUGGUCUACCUUGUCAAGUAGCAAAUCAUAUGAACUUGUCAGUUGAAUUAGAAAAAGAGCAUUUAGAAUCCAAUUCAUCUUGUUUAGUUGAAUAUCGAAAUUAUCCAAUCAAAGAGAGAAGUUAUAAGUUUGCUUCAUCUUCAAAGAUAGAAAUUGGAUUGAAUUUAUCGGAGAUGGAAUUUAAUAUUGAUAUAUGCGUAUACAAUAAUAAUCGAAGGAUUUUAAUUGAAGGAAAAGUUUGUAAAGGUAAUAUGCAAAUGAGAUUUCCUGUUGAUCUUCAAAUUCCAGUAGAAACGCCACUCUUGUUAUCACUAAAGGAAAAAGGGAUUUUUACAAUGGAGACACCUUUUGGUUCAUACAUCUAUCCAGUUGGUUCAGUAAAGUUAAUUUCCAGUAAAACAGUGACAGAUGAACAAAAUUCCCUAGUUCAUUCAACUGAUGAUAACGUCGAUCAUGGUAUAACUAAUCUUAAUUUAAAUGAAGAAGAUAAAAGAAGUGUAAAUGAUCAACAGAGUAACAGUAGUAUAGAAAAUGAAAAUCAACGAUUAUCAAAUGAAGUAUUUAUAUACAAACAGUCUACUAAUCGUGGUUUCAUUUCUUAUUCUAUAAUAAAAUCUUUUAAUAAUAAUGAGGAUACAAAUGAUACAAUUCAUAUAGAAGAAGAUGUUAAAUCAACAUCGGCGAUAGAUGGUGUUAAAUAUUGUAUUGAUUUAUCACAAAUAGAAAAAUUGGUUCUCUUAUUUGAAGAAUUUACAAAUACACCUUGUCUUAAUCAACUACAAGCCGGUGAACAAUUUAUUCUAGUCGUUGAAGAUAUAACACCACGGAAUGAAGAGGAGAAUGAAGAAUUUCAUAUGGAUACGAUUCCAGAUCAUAUUCUGAGAACACCAGAACGUCUUUCGCCACUCUUUAUCAAGUUAUAUUACGCUUCAAAUAAAUAAUUUAUUAAAUGAUUUAGAAAUUUAGGAAAACGUA